AUGGAUUCACUCAUUGCCAGAUUGUUGGCUGCCUCUCUUUUCUUUGCCAUCUUCAUCGCUCUUCGUAUCAAAUUUCGCCCCCGUAGACUCCCCCUUCCUCCUGGUCCCAAAGGACUCCCCCUCGUCGGCAAUGUACUGGAUAUGCCCAAAGAACAAGAAUGGUUGACCUUUGCCAAGUGGGGCGAGAAAUGGGGCGAUAUCUGCUCCAUAACCAUCCUUGGACAGACGGUCAUUAUUCUCAAUUCCCCUGAAGCCGCUACCGACAUGCUCGAUAAGAAGAGUUCCAUAUACUCUGACCGUCCGAUAUUACAGAUGGGUGGCGAGCUGGUCGGCUGGAAGAAUACGAUGGCCCUCCUUCCCUAUGGCGAACGCUUCAGAAAUUACCGGCGCUCCUUCCACCGAACAAUUGGCACCCGUUCUAGCGUAGCCCAAUUCCACUCACCGCAGGAACUCGAGACGCGUAGAUUCCUUAGCCGGGUCCUUGUGAAUCCCGGAGAAUUGUCUUCGCACAUCCGACAAGCUGUGGGCUCGGUGACUCUGCGAAUCACGCACGGCUACGAGACAAGAGAAGCCAACGACCCCUUCAUCGAAUUAGCCGACAAAGCCACCAAUCAGUUCUCAUUAGCCACAGCACCCGGUGGCUGGAUGGUUGACUUCAUUCCCUGGUUGCGCCAUGUGCCAGACUGGGUUCCCGGCACAGAGUUUAAACAGAAGGCCAAGGCCUGGUCCUGCACACUGAACGCAAUGGUUGACCAGCCCUUCGAAUUCGUACAGAAGCAAAUGGCUGCGGGAGUCGCACCCCCUUCCUUCACUUCCUUAUUGCUGGAAAGCAAGCAACCGCACCCGGAGGCUGAGAAUGAUAUCAAAUGGAUUUCUGCUUCGCUCUAUUCCGGUGCUGCUGACACAACUGUCUCGGCCAUUUAUGCUUUCUUCUUGGCUAUGGUACUACACCCGGAUGUAGCCAGCAAAGCUCAGCAAGAAAUCGAGGCGGUCGUUGGCACCGAGCGGCUACCAAACUUCGCCGAUCGAGAGCAUCUGCCAUAUGUCAGUGCUCUCACCAAGGAAGUGCUGAGAUGGAAUUCCGUCGUUCCAUUAGCAGUCCCUCACGUCGCGACACAAGACGAUGUCCACGAAGGUUACUUCAUCCCGAAAGGAUCGCUAGUCAUGCCAAACUUAUGGGGAAUGACCCAUGACCCUCGUCGAUACAGGAAUCCCACUGUUUUCAACCCCGAACGCUUCAUCCCAUCGGAAGGACGCCACGUCGAACCAGACCCAUACGACGUAGUCUUUGGUUUCGGUAGACGCAUUUGUCCAGGUUCCCAUUUGGCCGACGCGACGAUAUUCAUCACAUGCGCGAUGUCCCUCGCUGUCUUCGAUAUCUCGAAGGCAGUAGAGAAUGGGGUUACCAUUGAACCCGUCCACGACAACACAACAGGCACCAUCAGGUAUGCCGAUAUCAUACUUUAA